ACCACAUUUUAAUGGUAUAUGUAUUUAAGCUUUGAAAUUCAUCAUAGGACAAUGUUGCUUUGUAGUACCCAGUACAAGCCAUGUCAUAUGAUGAUUGAACCAAUUUGGCUCUCUGACACAUCUCAUCAUUAACUCUAUUGUGCCUAUUUACUCUUUCUCAGCUUUCUCUUUCACACCCUCUUCAGUAGUAUUUAUCUCUCUCUAUAUAUAUCUAUAUAUCUAUAGAUAUAUACACACACUUCUGUGUUCUGUUCUUUUCCUGUUCUUCAAAAAGCUUCCCUCACUGUCACUAAAGUCUACCCAUUUGCUAAUCUCUUCUACACAGUCCAAAAUCAAAGAAAAGUCUUCACUUUGACCAACAAUGGCUGAAAAAGAUGAUGGUUUGGGAUUGGGGUUGAGUUUGAGAUGGGGAGAAAAUGAUGAUAAUAACAUGAAUGAACAACACCCUUUCAUCAUGCACAAACCUCCUCAUCCUGUUCCAAACCAUAGGGCUUCUUCUUUCAAUAGUUUGUUCCAUUUCCAUGGUGCGUCUCAUGUGACCAAUCGAAGCUCUGAGCCACCACCUUUCUUCUUUGGAAUAGACGUGAACUUGCCACCACCACCAUCGGUGGCACCAUGCUACGAGGAGAACGGUGUGUCUUCGCCAAACAGUGCAGUUUCGAGCAUCAGCGGGAAGAGGAGCGAAAGAGAGGAGAAUGAGAGGGGGUCAUGUUCUCUAGGCGGAAGUGAAGAUGAUGACGGCGGAGGAUGCGGCGGUGAUGCCGAUACAUCGAGGAAGAAGCUCAGGUUGUUGAAAGAACAGGCCUUGGUGCUUGAAGAAACAUUCAAGGAACACAACACUCUGAAUCCUAAACAAAAGCAAGCUUUGGCAAAGCAGUUGAAUCUGAAUCCUAGACAGGUUGAAGUGUGGUUUCAAAACAGAAGAGCAAGGACCAAGCUGAAGCAGACUGAAGUGGAUUGUGAAUACUUAAAGAGGUGCUAUGAGAAUCUUACGGAUGACAAUAGGAGGCUACAGAAGGAAGUUCAAGAGCUAAGAGCAUUGAAGUUUUCCCCACAGCUCUACACGCACAUGAACCCUCCAACCACUCUUACAAUGUGCCCUUCCUGUGAGCGUGUUGCUGUCUCAUCUGCAUCCUCCUCAUCGGCCGCCAUGCCUUCUGUGCCGCCUUCAUUCAAUCACAACCCAUUAGGCCCUACCAUCCGGCGGCCUGUGCCUGUCAACCCUUGGGCGGCGAUGUCAAUUCAGCACCGUCCCCCACCAUAA